CUUCUCUUUCAGCUCUGUUUUUUUUUUUAAAUUUCGAGAUUGGUUUCGUCGAAAAACAAUGGCGUUCCAAUCGUGCCAUCUCCUCGUCUCCGGUCUUCUUGGUACCAUUAUCUCCGCAAACUUGAUCUUCUUCUUCGCACUAGGGGCAUUCACAGGAGCUUUGAUAGGCCAAGAAGCUGAGAGUGGGCUCAUCAGAGGAGUAGAGAUUGGAGCCUUUUACGGAGCUGCUGUCUCCAUCAAGGUCUUUGAAUCAUCCAUCCAUCUUUGGAGAUCCCACGAGUCAUCAUGCCUUGUCUGCUUGCAUGAUGUCAUUUUUAGUCUUCUAAGCGGGAGACUCGUACGGGAGCUCAUAGCUCCUGCAAUACGGGAGCGCAUAGUUCCUGCUAUUCGGGAGCGCAUAAGAGUUCUCGAGACAGGAGGCUCAACGUUGACAAUCACUGACAACAAUAUCGCAGAUGCUUCUGGGAACAUAUACUCAUGUUCCAUUUGUCUUCAGGAUUACCAACUUGGUGAAAUAGCUAGAACCUUUUGUUGUGAUCACAUGUUUCACUUACCUUGUAUAGACAGUUGGUUCCUCGAGCGCCCUUCUUGUCCAUUGUGUAGACGUGACCUUUAAUUCUCUCUCUCUCUCUCUCUCUCUUCAUUGUAUCUCUCAUAAUACAGUUAAACCGCGGAGCUCGGAGUCUGGUCCUCCUCUUAACUUUCAUGUAACUUGCAGUUUUUUUUUUGCUUUCAACAGUUACCCUUUUUAUUACA